GCCGCAGAAGAGCCCUCAACCUGUGUCUGGAGUAAGUAGUGUAGUAUAGUUAAGCUCUACUUAUCGCUUGGAACAGAUGCUUCCCCAAAAUUAUGUCCUCCCUGCGAGAGCGCGACUUGAGAUCCUGCUCGUUCUCGCCUUCGCCUGUAACUCUGAAGCAGCUUCAGGUGAUUCCCCGAUAUCCUCUUCCUCCGACGUUUGGGCCACACUCGUGGCGAACAUCGCCCCACUACUGGUCCUGGUUGGCGAGAAGCACGUAAAGGCAUACUUUAAAAAUAUGUGCCGGCCAUCGCACCACUUACUCUUCGCUUCCGCGCCCAUAGGGCUUGUCACCGCCGUAACUACUUUGAUCCGACUGAACGGCACACCAGUGCUUAAGCGAAUGAUAGGUCGACAAUUUGAGACGAGGGCUGAAGUUCUCGCCGAUGUGACUUCUGUCUCUGGGGGUGAGGUUGGGUUGGAGCUGCGGAAUAUGAACCUGGAACAGACUAUUCAACCAACCGACGAGGAUCUUGCUAUGUUUUGGGUACACGGGAGAACGGAAGGAUCGCCAGAGGAGGUUGCAAAGACCUUUACGGGUUGGGUUGGGACUCUCAUGGGGAUUGGCUAUGCGGCGGCCAACUCUGCCUCUUUAUAUUACGAUAGAAGGUGCUCAUGGGAGAUGAUGAUGUCCUUUAAAGCCACGGGCACCUGCGCACGGUGGGUUGCAAGGGGACAUGCGGCAGAAUCGCGUAACUUGCCAGAGCUUUCGGGUCAAUGCGAGAAGAAGGUUGUUGCGGAAAAAAACUCUGGAGACAUAGCAACAUGUACGGCGUCAGCAGCAGUGUAUGCUAGAUUCACUGACGUUUCUUUGGGCUUAACGGCUAGUGUCAACCUCGACGAUGGAAAACUGGAAAUUGUGAGGUACGCAAUUAUUGUGCUCUGCUCGAUGGGAAAUGUUGGGAUAAUUCUUGCAGCCUGGUUCAGGGGCCGUGAUCCCAGAGAUGUAGGACUUGUUGGCGCAGGGCUCUUUGUUUCCUGCGCUGGCUCUUGGCUCACUGCGUGGCUUGUGGACGAAGCGUCGGAGGAGACAAUUCUUGAUAUGUCUCAAUUGUCGGCUAUUGCCUCGGGCUUUUUCUCGGAUAGGAUUCCUGAGGGAACGGAACUCAGUUUUUGCCCCAAGAAGAUUGCAAUUUCAACCGAUGCUCGCCCCGGAAUGAGGGGGGGUGUGGCCAAAGUAAGAGGAUGGAUGUCUACGGUAGCUGUUGUCGCGAUGGUGUUGGCGUAUACUGGGCUAUACUUGGGGCUACGGUCUUCUGAUUGGUGGGUCUCACUUGCCAUGCUUGGGAACGCAGCUAUCGCCGGGAUAGCUAGGUCCAUAGUGGUUCCCACAGCCUUGUACCUAAAUUCGGCGGAUCGCCGUUUACCAAACCCGAUGACUUGCGCAAUUGGGUAUUCUGCGAAUCGAGAGGACUUGUCUCAUCCGGACAAAAGCAACAACGGUUCCCUGGAUAUAAGGGCCGGUUCUGCGCCAGGACAGGACCAGAGGGUUCUCUCCGAACCACUUGAUGUCGGGCUGUACGAGGCGGUAGUCGGUGAAUACCGUUACAAGGGUGGGUCUAGAGCCUAUGACAAUAUACAGCCGUACAUAUGGACAGCCCUCGCCUUGGCCACUGAGAUGAGCAAACGGGGGAUUGCACCACUGGAGAUGCGAGAUUUCCCCCCACGGAGCGCCGGGAUUAUUGGUGUGGAAGGCGCUGCAUGCAUAUUUUCCGAUAUCAUCACUCGGAAAGGGGUAUGGCGCCAACCCCUCGAAGUUAUAGUCCAUCCUGGCGGGCAAUCCGUGCCCGAACGGGUGUUGGCUAUUUUCUGGGGCUGGUACUGGCGGGCAUCCGCUCAUCAGGCGCAAAAGGUGGCCAGCAUCGAGCUACCUCCAGAUUUGUUGAACCGCUUCAUUGAUCUAGGUGAUGACGAUGGUGAUGACGACGCGAAAUUUGGUACUCCGACCGACAAGUUGAAGGAGGUGUUGAAUUCUUCUACGACUCCGAGGGAAAUUUUGUGGAUGGGAGCAAAGCUGUGUUAUGCCUCUUGCCACACUUGGGAUUCAAAUGCGUUUGAGGAGGCCGGGAUGACUUGGUUUGGUGGGGCUACGCAUCAGUAUUUUAGACAGGGGCAAAUAUUGUCGUUUUUAGAUGCUAUUGUUGCAGCGGGACUUACGUGCCCGCGCGCGUGA